UGAUGGGAAGAAGAUUCAUGAAUAACAUGUCCAAACCGUGUAUGAAGAAAUGAAAGUUAUUGUGAUGUCAUUACAACACAAUUCAAACAACCAAGUGAACAAUGUUGGCACUAUAACAACAAAUCCAAUCAUUCUUCUUUCAGAAGUGAGAAGGAGGAACAUUAUCUCUGAACUAGUGAACACCAACGCAAACCCAGUCCAUGCAAGCACUGAUCCAAUUAUAGAGGGGUUAUUUAAAUAUGAUUUAGGUGUCAUCCCUACUCCUAAUAUCAGCCAAGUUCAGUUUCCUACAGAAGUAUAUAAACAAGCAGAGGAAAGAGUGGAAGCACCUUCACCUAAGAACAACGGUAUUAAUUCUGAUAACCCAAAUGAUCAUCAUGUUUCUUGUAAUGAAACAUGUCAUUGCACUCAAUUUGUUGUUAACCUUGUUUUGGACAUCUUAGGUAAUGUUUCUGAGCUAGUUCAGACAAAGGAGUCCAAGCUAGAGGAGAAGGUGAAUGCCAAUAUUACUCCAUCAAUGCAAAUGCAUAAACAACUCGAUAUUGUUCAGAAUGGAAAAGAUAAUAAUCCAAAUCAGAUAUGUUUUCCCAAUGUCAACACUCCAACAGUAAUUUACAGCAAAAUUCUCCUUCUGGGAAUUUAGUUUCUGUUAUUGAGCAAAAGUCACCUGCUGUUAGUGUGCUUAAUGAGACAAAAACCAAAGAAAUAUCUGAUUGUUGUCCAAGUGUUCCUUUCUUAUCUCAGAACAAUGUUGGUCUUGAUAUUAUAUUGUCUCCUUUGGAUAACAGUUCAUUCAAACAUGCUUGCACUCCAAAUGAUUUGAGUUUACAAAUAGUUGAAGACCAGAGAUAUGGCAUUGAGUUUGCCAUGGAGUACGCGGAGAAUUCUUUGAACACAUAACUUGAGAACUCAGUUCCUAAAGAUCCUGUAUUCCAUAAGAACAAGGAAUCUGAUGCAACCUUACAUACAUCUGGGCCCAACACUAUAGACAAAAGAAAUAGGAAGAACAGGAAAGCAAAAAAUGAUAUGUUCUCAAGAAAAGAUACCACAGAUUACACCUAAACCUCAUGUUCAAGAGUUUUAUAAGAAGUACCUUGCUAAUAUAUUCUACAAGAAUGGCAACAAUCCAACUUUUAUCAAUGUCAACGGCUUCCCUGUGCAGUGUGAUAAUUUCUAUUAUUCACUAAAGGCAGUAGGGAAUGUUGAAAAUGAAGUAUUAAAUGCCUAUGUCCAAAUUUGCAAUUAUGACAAUGAAUGUCCAGAUCCCAAAGAAAAACAGCCAUCAAAAUACUGCUUCACGUCAUACUUCACGAUCAUCAACAUGAGCACACUUUUCAAGUCUGCUGGAUGGAUAUACAAGAAUGCUCAGAAUUUUGAGUGCAUUUCACCUGAGAACUAUCCCCAACAAAAAAAAUCUGUAGGUUGUUGCUUACAAGCUGGCAAAGUCUGACAUCAACGAAAAAGAGUUUCAGGGUUUUCAAGAAGACGUAUCAACCAAGAAGCGGAAGAAGCACCGUUAGAAACUGAGCCAAAAGAAACUGAGCCAAAAGAUCUUAAAAUGAAUUAGUUUUUCGGGAGUGCCUUCAAUGGGCACCACAAAUACUUUAAAACCUCAUGUCUUUUCUUCAUUGAUAAAAAAUUGUGUCAAUUUUUACCAACUGUGUAAUACACUUCUGAAUUUCUUUGUGCUCCAACUAGACUAACUGAUUAUGA